CAGGGGUAUAAAUACAGAGCAGUAAGAGCAGAGAUCUCAAGAUCGUGAAGAGCAGGAGCAUCUACCCUCAACCAGUCUCAUUUUUCAGGAUGAGACGCUGUGGAGCUCCAAUCCUUGUCCUCGUGGUCCUCUUCUUCUUCCUUGACCAUGGUAGCCACGCUCAGCAUUGGUCCUAUGGUCUGCGUCCAGGAGGUAAAAGAGACGCUGAAUCUCUACAGGACUCGUACGAGACUCCCAACGAGGUUGCCUUGUUCACAGAACCACAGCGUCUUGAGUGCUCGAUCCCUCAAAGCAGACUCAAUGUCCUGAGAGGCGCCCUGAUGAGCUGGCUGGACGGUGAAAACCCUCGGAAGAAGAUGUGAAAUAUCGCACCCUUCUGUGUAAAUCCUAAUAAAGCUGAUAUGCUGCAUACAAA